CGGUGGACUGGCAGGAGGCACUUCCGGCUGCUGAUGCUCGCCGCAGGAUACGUCGGACUUGUUGAUCGCUGUUCCGAAACAGAAACGAGGUGGGGGAAACGAAUCGUAGUACGCGUCGGACAAGUGAAAUCUAGGUGGAAGACGUCAACGCUGAGGAUAGGAGGAAGAAUUGCGAGCUUAUUAUCCUGUUAACGAUUCAGAACAGCGUUAUCGACGAUCCUCCGCUGUUACAGCUGGUUAAUCUUAACGCGUGCUCGCGAUCUUCUCGCUCGCAAUCAUCCUAUCUUAUGCGUUGACUUCUUGCGAACGGAUCUGACCACGAUGAAGCUUUCCCAUGCCAUUUCAAGAUAUCUGACAGGAUUCGGCAACGAAUUCUCCAGCGAGGACGAACGUUGUCCCGGUGCCCUACCGAUCGGUCAGAACAAUCCUCAACGAUGUCCGUACGGUCUGUACGCGGAACAGCUGUCCGGCACGUCGUUUACCGCUCCUCGCUCUCGAAACAGACGCUCGUGGUUGUAUCGAAUCAAGCCGUCGGUCGUCCAUAAACCCUUCACACCGGUUGACAGCGCUCCUCGUCUCGACUACGGAUGGGACGCUGUAAAUCCAACGCCGAAUCAGCUACGAUGGAAACCUUUCGACGUGCCGACCAGACAAGCCGCGGAGGUAGAUUUCGUGGAGGGUUUGCACACGCUAUGCGGCGCGGGAGACGCUCGCGUUCGCCGAGGUAUCGCGAUCCAUGUGUAUCUCUGCAACGCCUCCAUGAAGAACAAGGCCUUCUACAAUUCCGACGGAGAUCUUCUCAUUGUGCCGCAGCUAGGCGCGUUACUGAUAACCACGGAGUUUGGCAAAAUGCGUUGUGAGCCGAACGAGAUAUGCGUGAUCCAGCAAGGUAUGCGGUUCCACGUUGCUGUGUUUGGUCCAUCUAGAGGAUACAUCUUGGAGGUGUACGACGAUCACUUUCAAUUGCCCGAAUUGGGGCCGAUAGGAGCGAAUGGCCUGGCGAACCCACGGGAUUUUCAAACGCCUGUAGCGUGGUACGAGGAUCGUGAAAUCGAUUACGAGAUCGUGUGCAAGUAUCACGGUAAGCUGUUUGUAGCCGAGCAAGACCACAGUCCGUUCGACGUGGUAGCUUGGCAUGGAAAUUACGUUCCGUUCAAAUACGACCUCGACAAAUUCAUGGUCGUUAAUACGGUUUCCUUUGAUCAUUGUGAUCCGUCGAUCUUCACGGUCCUGACGUGUCCCUCCGGGAAGAUCGGUACAGCAGCAGCCGAUUUUGUAAUAUUCCCACCUCGAUGGUCCGUGCAGGAGCACACUUUUCGGCCUCCUUAUUAUCAUCGAAAUUGUAUGAGCGAAUUCAUGGGCCUGAUAAAGGGACGAUACGAAGCUAAGGAGGAAAGUUUCCAUCCAGGCGGGGCGUCGUUGCAUUCCAUUAUGACGCCACAUGGACCGGAUUCGUCUUGUUUCGAAACUGCUUCAAACAGCAAGUUGAAACCUGAACGCGUCGCCGAUGGAACACAAGCUUUCAUGUUUGAAACGUCGUAUAGUUUGGCGAUAACCGAAUGGGCUGCAAAUCUUUCCAACAAACUGGACAACGAUUAUUACAAAUGCUGGCAAUCUCUUAAGAAACAUUUCGUUUCGAAUGCUUCUUAAUACAUUUUUACAUUUUGCAUUUUUAUAUUUUGUAGAAAAGAUAGAAGUGAUAAGGGUACACGACUAAAUAAUUAUAGGAGUAUAUGGUUUGACUUCUGUUUUGUUCGUGGUAAUUACUACUUCCGUUACUACGUACCUUAACACGGUGACUGUCACGUGGAUUUUAUAUAUUUUGUCCUGAGAGCCGCAAAAGAUUGAAACAUACUACGCUAUGAUAUGUAA